AUGUUCGGUGUUGUGUUCCCCAACCGCAGUUUCCCAAUGGACAUAUCCGCUUUCUCACAAAUCGACACUUUUCAUUGGAUCCUCGACAUGAACACUUUUGUAGGUGAAGCAUAUGAUCAAGUACGAGACAUUUGUAUUUUUCUUUUAAACAGCUUUACUCUUCCACCGGAUAAGGCUCUGGCGGUGUAUAUUCAGUCUCCGGGGUCAGAAUUUCAGUUUUGUGGGGCGGUGACAAUAACGCGCCCUUCCGCGGUUUUGACGUUGAAUUGGCCGGAACCUGGGGGUCAGUUGCAGCUGACAGGGCCGGAUACGGCACCCCUUUCGGCCAAAAUUGGGGUUUCGGUGGAGAAUUUGGCGUCAUUGCCUUCGCUGGACGUGGCUACGGAGAAAGGGGUUGAGAGGGUUGCGAUGAAAGUUGGGGAGAAUUUGUUUAAUUAUAUGCAGUCGUUUUGUGGGGUUGAUGGGAGUAAGUUGAUUGUUCCUAUGGAUAUUUUGGAAAGGUGGUUUAAGAAGUUUCAAGAACGGGCAAAAAGGGAUCCUGAUUUUUUGAAGAGUUUUCGGUUGGUUUAUGAUUCACUUGUCCUGCCUUGGCAUCCAUCUGUGGUUGUGAUCAUCGGGGUCUAUAGUGAAGUCUUUUCUCUCAAUAUUUCCGAAGGGAAGUAUGAGAUAGCUGAUAGGAUAUCCUGCAUAGCUAUGUCAAGUUUAUGA